CUGUCAUCCACACCGCUGUUGUUGCAGCCAUUUUACCGUGCAGCGUCGGCACAGCGGCGACCGGAGGAUGCCGAAACAGCGCCGUUGAAAGGACUAGAGACAUGGCUGACACGGCGCCAGGUCCCAUGGUUCGCCGGCCAUUGGCGUUUGCCAAUGAAGAGCAGAGAGCGGUCCACUCCUGGUCAAGAAUAUCGUCAGCAGGGCACGCUGUCCUCCUGGAUGCUCUAAAAAUCCUCAGUCCAAUGUCACAAGACCUCUCAAGCAGCGAGGAGCUGGUCACCUUCCUGCAGGAGCUGGGUGAGGAGGGCCACAAGCCCACUGUCCUGCGCAGCAAGGACGUGUACCGCUACCGCUCCUGCACAAACCAACCGCUGACUGAGGACAUGCUGAAGCCACCCAACAGGAACGUCAGACCCACCGCGAAGAGGAGGGGAAGAAAGCCCAACAAGAAGAGAGAGGUGCACCCAUCUUGGAACACCUCUGAGAACCCCAAGAUUCAAGGGGUCCGUCCUCCAGAGCUGCUGGUGGACCAUCGUGCUAUCCUGUGCAGCAGGACACCCAUGCGGACUGUAGAGAUGUCGCAGGUGCGGCCAUGCCUCAGACUGACCAACAUUGCGGGCCUGUCUGGCUUCCAUACGGCCAGACUCCAGAUCCACACUACCUGGGACUCGUCCUCAGAGGCACCCUCUGUUGCUUUUUCACAGCAACAGCAUCCUCCAACGCUUUCAGGAAUACCUUUGCAGCCUUCUCAGAACGGUGGUGGGGCGUCCACCAAAGCUGUGGCCUUGUUCAGCCAGAAGAGCCUGUCCUGCCCCAUCCGAUUGGAUGGCGCCCUCAUUGGAGAUUCUGCACCGGUCUUCUACGCAAAUGGACGGGCGUUCCCAGAGACUCACACAGAGCUGACUAGUAAUGGCUGGAGGAGCAACGGCCUCCACCGGGAUGGCCGGGGCCCCAAGGAGCUGAACAGCCCGACGCGACAGAGGAACGGCUGGAAGGACAAAAAGAGUCUUAGAUGGAAAGUGAUAAAGGUGGAUGACUCUCGCUCUGUGGCUGAGGCCCGCAGGAAAGCGCAGAAGAUCCUACAGGUCAACCUGUCUCCAGUGAUUCAGAUCCAACCUCUCAACCAUGUGCUGAGAGACUUCAGAUACCAGAAUAAAUGACUAUUUCCCCCAAACCCACACACAUUGUUUGUCUUACAUGGGCAAGUUAGCGUUUCCCAGCAGGCUGGGAACUUUCACAGUCUACUUCAGUUAACUUCAACCAACCAUCACCGACGUUGCUGAUGAAUUUUGGGAAGCACCAUUCACUGUGACUUUAAGGUCAAAGGAGAAUUUCUGCCCUUCAACAAGGCACUGGGUGCUCACAGUUGUUAGAAGAGUAUUUGAAGUAUAGCGCCAUUUUGUUAAAGUAUUUUUUACUUAGCGCUUAAAAACUGUGCUGUCACUCUGCGGCUCCCUAUUUUCCACUGGAAAGAUGAAAUUAGUUUUGGGACAUGUCGAUCCCACUGGAUGAUUGAAUGAACUGGUGGAUGAGCAGUAGGGCGGGUUUCCAAAGUCCUCAGAUGAGCAGACGUGGUGGUUGGUUGGUCCCAGCAAAACAAAUGAACUAAACAAAAAGGAGGGAAAAGAGAAAAGUGUUUAGUUUGUCUUCCUUUUUCUGUAUUUUUGUUGUGUCUCCACUGGAAACCUGGAAGGCUUUGGGAGUGAGUACAACAGGAAAUCAAACCUGCAGCUCAUACAGAGAUAGAUUGAUAGCGGGAUUGUUUGUUUGAACUUCAGUCCUUCACAAAGUGUUCCUUCAGUUUAAUUCAUCCAUACAUUGAGACCAUGAGAGUAGGUUUGACUGUUGGGAAGAUUUGAUGUCUUACAGUGAGAAAACAUGAAUUGGUGAAAUCAACUGCAUAAAAUGGCAAGUAUGCAAAAGGACUUGGGCCAUUUUGACUUCUGAGAUUAAUCCUUAACUAAUUCUGGGAAAACAUUGAGAAGUAUGGCAUUAAAGAAUUCUGACUUCAAGCUCAAGUUUUCUUACAUUUUCUCAUUUUUAAACUUGAUCUCUGAAGGCUGCUUUUACAGAUUUCUGAUUUCUAAUUUCAGGGCUUUUCCACUCAAAAUUAAUUAAUUCCAUUAUGUGGCCCCGUAGUCUGGUAAGACCAUCCUGAUGAGGUGAGCUCAACAUUCUGUUUCUCGGACUACAGACUGUAUGUAAAGAUGGACUAAGCGCCCCCAAUUACCGCCAGUAUGCUUAAGUGAAGCUAAAAUACCUCGGAUACAGAUGCUGCCAUCUUGCGGUGGUGAUGCCAUUGAAAUCGAGGUCUGCGCAGUCGCGAUAUCCACUGUGGUGGAGUUCCUGCCAAAAGACCCAUCCGACCAAUUGCGAGCAGCCCCACUGAAUGCGAUUUUUUUUUGUUUUUAGUUUGGCCUAUGACCAUUCACUAACAUUGAGGGGUGGGCUUUAUGACCUAUACUGCAGACAGACACCAGGGGGCGAUCAAGAUUGAAAAGUUACACUUUGGGGGAAGUGUCAUGUUGUCCUCCUUUUAUAUGUAGUUGCUGGUCUGGACUCUCUACUGCCCUGAAUACUUUCAGCGGAUCGGAGUACUCAUCUUGACAAACAAACUCCUUUAGCCACGAGUGUUGGCUACUGCGUCCCCCGACGUUAGUGCUAGCCUCUCAGAUCAGCUCCUCCAUUAGUGCAGUCUGGUGAAACAACAAUGAACAUAGAUCUAAGCCAGUUCAUGAAUCAAGCUUUUGCCAAAUCCAGGUUAAAGAAUGUCAAAAAUGUGUUUUCCCUAGAGAAACUGUCAGUGCAUUCUCGUUUUUGUUUUAUUGUUACCGACUCUUUCUUAAGUAACUUCACUUAUUGCGGUGUUAACUAACCUUAGAGUCUGUGCUUUUUGCGUCGAAAGCCGCCAUUACUGUUCUGCAAGCCUGCAUUAUGCAUCAACUACAACACGGUCCCUGAUUGGCUGCUUACGUUGUCAGCUACGCUGUAGAUCCUAGGUUAGUCCUGACUGGAUUGUAAUUUCUGGAAAUUGUUUGGGGUGGCAGCGAUUCCAGACCGAUACAGAGAACAAAACAUAAUGUUGAGCUCACAUCAUCAGGCUAGUGGCCCUUGUCCACCUCCUUAAAUUUAUGUUUUUUUUGUCACCAGAUACAAAAACGGCCGUAAGCUUUUGGGUAAAUACCAUUUAAGUUUUACUUUCAUCCAAUACAUUUCUGUAUUUAUCAGCAACUAACAGUUGGAUUCUUGAUGGUAAGACGAUUGUUUGGCUGGUUUGAGAAUGUUUGUGGUGACAUUUGAGCUGCAGGACUGUUUUGUUUCAUGACUAGUUAAAUUUAAAACUGCCGCGUCAGAGCGUUUAACCUCCGAUCAGAGCUCACCUGCACUCUGUUGAGUUAACGGUGAGAGUUGCCCAACAAACUCUGUAGCUUCUUAAAUUCCUCCGCAGUGAUCAGACAGUUGUGGCUCACAACAAAAUUAAAAGAAAUGCAUUUUGCGUGUGCCACAGUGCUCCAAUGUCAUUGUCUCCUAAAUAAGAAAGUCAUUAAUUUUCUUCCUAUAUCAUGUAAAAAAGAUGUGAAAUAGUACAAAAAAAAGCCAUAGGUGCUAACUUUGCAACGUUGGUGCUGAAUUAAAUGGCACAAGAAUGUCGACAUGUUUGUGUUUUAUUAGUUUGGAUUGGAGCAUUUAGGAGCAGUGAUUUUUUUUUUUAAUCUGAGGGACUGAUAGCACUACUGCCCCCUGCAGGUUGGGAUGAGCAUGCCAAACCGCCUUGUGUUCUUUCCAAAGGGUUUCUACUGUGAGGAGCCACCUGAAUCCAUUUUCAUGUUAUCGUCUGUAAGAAACUCCCGUGAAUUCCCCUAAAGAUUUUCUUAGCGAUAUUUGGACAAAACCACAUUCCAAGAGACAAGAUUUUAUUUUUGACCCCAGAAACAUCACUUUAAAGCAAUCUUAAUUCAUAGUCCGCUUACUAGCUUUUUUUUCCAGAGCUUUUACUGAUCUCAUGACCAUUAAAUGUGAAAGAAAGCUCUGGAAAGAGCCAGUAAGCGACCUUAAUUUAAUUUUGUUUUUUUUUUCUCAAACCACAUUUAUUUUUAUUUUUUCCCUCCAAAAAAUGAAAUAGUAUUGGAAAUUUUGACUGUUUAAAACACCAGAUCUUAAAGUCCAGGUUAGACACUUCCAUUAGGUCAGUAAAGGAUUUUUGUUUUAAAACCUUGAAAAAACUUCAAUAAAACUGGAUUUCCAAGCAUCUGUUUCAUAUUUAAAUGCUGUAGAUGCUGUUAUGGGCCACUUAGUAGAAAUAGCAUCAGGAUUAAUGUGGAAAACCAGGCUUUCAGAUUUGAAGUCCGCGAAUUAUUCUGGAAUUAGCAAUCUGGUCCCCUGUUUUAACUGAGACCACAUCAGUGUUUGGUGGUCGGCUUUACAGAUUUCCACGUCUCUGUUCUGGUGAAUUUUAUGUUCUGGAAGAUCUCCCCCUCCUCUUCUAGAUCUUCUUUCUGUUAGUCUUGUUCUGUGUGCAACACUUGUAUAAUAUUGUAUUUCCUACAUGAUCUUUGAAAAAACUUUUUGUUCAAUAAAACAAUCUGAAAAGAA